AUGCCUUGGACCAGACCCCAAGUGGACCUUCAUGCCGGGGGAGCAGAAGCCAUGGACCAGCACAGCGUCGACGACCACCACUACGAGGGCUCCCUGUUCCCCACAUCCACCCUCAUCCCCGUCACUGUCAUCUGCAUCCUCAUCUUCAUCGUGGGCGUCACCGGGAACACCAUGACCAUCCUCAUCAUCCAGCACUUCAAAGACAUGAAAACCACCACCAACCUCUACCUGUCCAGCAUGGCCGUGUCCGACCUCGUCAUCUUCCUCUGCCUGCCCUUCGACCUCUACCGCCUGUGGAAGUACGUGCCCUGGCUCUUCGGGGAGGUGGUGUGCCGCUUCUACCACUACAUCAACGAGGGCUGCACCUACGCCACCAUCCUCCACAUCACGGCCCUGAGCAUCGAGCGAUACCUGGCCAUCAGCUUCCCGCUCCGGGCCAAGGUGGUGGUCACCAAACGCAGGGUCCAGUACAUCAUCCUCGCCCUGUGGGUGUUCGCUCUGGUGUCGGCGGCGCCCACGCUCUUCCUGGUCGGGGUGGAGUACGACAACGACACGCACCCGGACUACAACACGGGACAGUGCAAGCACACCAGCUACGCCAUCAGCUCCGGGCAGCUGCACAUCAUGCUGUGGGUGUCCACCACCUACUUCUUCUGCCCGAUGUUCUGCCUCGUCUUCCUCUACGGCUCGAUCGGGUGCAAGCUGUGGAAAAGCAGGAACGACCUGCAGGGCCCGUGUGCCUUGGCUCGCGAAAGGUCACACCGGCAAACUGUCAAGAUCCUGGUGGUGGUGGUGCUGGCCUUCGUCAUCUGCUGGCUGCCCUACCACAUCGGCCGCAACCUGUUCGCCCAGGUGGACGACUACGACACAGCCAAGCUGAGCCAGGACUUCAACGUGGCCUCCAUGGUGCUCUGCUACCUCAGCGCCUCCAUCAACCCCGUCGUCUACAACCUCAUGUCCCGCAAGUACAGGGCCGCCGCCAAACGCCUCUUCCUGCUGCACCACAGGCCGAGGCAAGCCCACCGCAGCCAGAGGCAGCUCUGCGUGAUAGACGACAUCACCACCCUGAACGAAACCCUGACCGGGGUCUGA